ACUUUUGUUUAGAGAUUGUAUAUAUAUUUGUAUAUAAAUAACUUAAAUGAGAUUGACAAAACUGAAGAUUAGUUAUACAUAAAGUUUUUUAACUAUGACAUCAUUACCAGUGUUACUGCUUUUGGUUUUUGCUUGUGUUCAUGUUUCAUGUGACAAAAGUUUUGUAAAAGAUUUAAACAACCUACUACGAUUACUCAAAUACGAUCGUUUCAUCAGAGGAAGUCAAGAGGAUAAUUUGGUUCCUCAAAACAAAUACCAUGAUGAUAUAAGAAGAAGUUUUAUUUAUGAUUAUGGGAAUGACAAAAAAGCUGAAAUCUAUGAUUUUGAUCAGAAAUUAUCUGAUGUCAUUAGCAGCAGAAAGCUUGUUGAUGAUGAUGAUGAUGAUGAUGAGCAAGAAAGCCUAAAUAAUCUCAGUGAUACUUCUGAAACUGUGAUGUUAUCAUUGAAAAUGCCUCAAAUUUCACCAAAACAACCUGAUUCCUAUGUAUGCAUUGCUCGUGUUUUACCAAAUGAUGAUAGGUACUUAGUGGAGUUUGUUCCAAAGGCUAGCAUGCACAUUGCUCAUCAUAUGUUAUUGUUUGGUUGUAGCGACGAUGAACCUUUGGAAAUAAAAAAAACAUGGCAAUGUGGUGAGAUGCAACCUGUUUGUAAUGGCGGUUCUCAGUCAAUUCUUUAUGCAUGGGGUAAAAAUGCACCACCUUUAAAAAUGCCUGAAAAUGUUGGUUUUCAUGUUGGGGGUAACAGUAAUGUGCGUUAUUUGGUUCUUCAGAUUCAUUAUCUUGAUGUGUCUUCAUUUCAAGAUGGACACACUGAUUCCUCUGGAAUUUUAUUUGGAAUAACAAGUUUGAGAAAACAAUAUCAUGCUGGUAUUUACUUUUUAGGCGAUGGUUACACAAGUAUUCCUCCUCGUACCGAAAAAUUUAAUAUUAAUAUGGGAUGUUCGUAUCCUAUUGAUUCACCACAGUUGUUCCCAUUUCGGUUUAGAGUUCAUGCGCACAAAUUGUCAACAUCAAUAACUGGUUAUCGAAUAAGAAAUGGUGUAUGGACUUUAAUUGGACAUGGUGAUCCUCAGAGACCUCAAGCAUUUUAUAGAGUUUUCAGUGAUAUUGAUAUACGACCUGGAGAUGAACUUGUUGGGCGUUGCACUUAUAACUCAACUUCACAAGAAAAAGUAACUCGAAUUGGAGCAACUCAUAACGAUGAAAUGUGCAAUUUUUACAUGAUGUAUUUUUAUGACUCCGCAAAGUAUGGGAACAAGCCUUCUAUUCCAUGUGAUUGGUUAAACACUAAGAAAUACAAGUACCCAAUUGAUUCUGACACGCCAUUAAGUGUGAUUGAGGCUCGAAGCAAUAACAGAGAAACUAAAGCAUAUGAGUUUGUUGAAAAUCAAUAUGCUCAUGAUGAGACUUGGAAUAGUGAAAUAUUAGAUGUUGGACAAGUAUCAGGUGUAGAUAUUGAUAAUGAAGAUGUUGUAAUUUUUCAUAGAGCAAAUCGAGCUUGGGACGAAAACACAUUUGAUCCUCUUACGCAGCAGAUAAAUGUUUCUCUUUACAAGCCUAUUGCAAAAGACACUCUGGUAUGGUUGUCACGAAAAACUGGACAGUUUGUUAAAUCUGGUGGUGCAGACAUGUUUUUAAUGCCUCAUGGUGUAACUGUUGAUGAUGCAAGAAAUAUAUGGGUUACAGAUGUUGGUGCUCAUCAGGUAUUUAAACUAUCUCCAACAUUAGAAGUUCUACUGACACUUGGUGAGCGUUAUACUCCAGGAAAUGAUUAUGAUCAUUUUUGUAAACCAACUGAUGUUGCUGUUUUGAAAGAUGGUAGUUUCUUUGUUGCAGAUGGGUAUUGCAACUCUCGUAUACUUAAAUUUUUUGCUAAUGGCACAGUUGAUAGGCAGAUCUCCAAGAAAUUGUCUUCAAACUAUUUAACAAAAAUAGGUAAUUUUCCUAAACCUUUUUUCAUGGUUGUUGUUCAUGGGCUAGCACUUGAUGAAGCACAUAAUUUACUUUAUGUGGCAGAUCGUGAGAAUGGAAGGAUUCUUGUUUUUGACUCUCAAAGUGGAGACUUUAUCACUCAUAUAUCAAAAAAAUUUGAAGGCGCUGUGUUUGCAAUUGCUUAUAAUGAAAAUAAUGGCGGUGUACUACAUGUUGUAAAUGGAAAAAGCAUGACUGCCCCAAACGUUAAAGUAUCAGGCUUUACGUACAGUACUGAUCUUCAUACAAUUGUUUCUGAUUGGCAUCCAAAAAAUGGAUUUGGAAUGCCGCAUGAUAUUGCUGUUACGCAGGAUAAUCGCGAUAUUUUUGUUGCUGAAAUCAAUCCGUUUAAAAUUAGAAAGUUCUCCAAAGUUAAUAAAAAUUUGUUAUAUCCAGCUUUAAUAUAUUAAGUUAAUAGCAGUAUCACACGAUCUUUCUAUACAUCUUUUUAUAUAAAAAAGUUUUGAAUUUAGUUAUGGUUUAAAAUAGUGAGUUCUUUUUUUUUAUUAUUCUUUUGGUGUUAACGUGUGGCGUGUAACAUGAAACGACUUCUUAUUAUGUUAAAGUUUUUUGUCAGUAUUAUUUCUCAUCUAAAUACUGGGUAAUAUUCAAUCAACUUUUGGUUAAAUUUUCUUCUUUCGCUUUGUUCUUGUUAUUUGUCCCUAUUUUAAAACAGUGAUGCUUUUAUUUUGAAAAUAAUUUUAUUUUGAAGCAGAGUACUGGACAUUUUUUUUUUAACAUUAGUUUUUGCAUUUAAAUUUAAUUUCUACUUAGAUGAGUAUUUGUAUUUUUUUAAUAUGUUAUGGUGAUGUAAUAUUUUUUUUUACAAUUUUGAUUUUAAAAUUUAUACAAUUAACAGAAAUUUUUUU